GCUGCGCGUCUGCGCGAGCCGAACGGCCCGUCCGAAGUCAGUCGGUAUUGGUCGGCCGAGCGGACGGUUCAGUCUGCGCGUAAUCGUGCAGCGUGACGCGAGCGCCGGCUCCGGGACAGCAUCUGCCGCUCUCGCGAGCGAGUUUCGGUUGACAUUUCGCCCCGUGAGAAACCCGUUGCCGAGUCUGCGCGCGCGCGUGUGCGGUCGGUAUGCGGGCAGCCCCGUUGGCUGGCCCUCGUUGGUGGUUGGUCCGGGCAUCCUCUCACACGUGCGUACGUGUGCGCGCGCAACUUGGCGUGUGCGUGGAUGGAUGUUCUCGUGUGUGUGUGGGUUUGAAAAUUUGAAAAGCGACGUGCGCGAGUGCAGCGUGUAAAGCGCACGGUGCAGGUGCCGCGGGAGGAAAACGCGAGAGAAGUGUCAUCCGCCUGUUCGUCCCCGCCGAUCGGAUCUCUCCUUUCUACGGAAAAGGGAUUCACGUGGCGGAGAGACCCCCGUUGAUCGUCGCACUACUAUUCGUCGUCGUCGGCGAUAUAACCCACAGCGGAAUGUGGCACGAGAGAGAGAGUGAACAGUCAGUCCAUUAAUUAUUUUCUCCGACCUGUUCCAGAGGCACCGCCGGCACCAUCUCGGGAGCCAUGCCGGCUGACGAGCUCGCGCGUAUCCGACGAGGAGACCGAGAUGGUAGAAAACCGAGCUUGCAGCCGCCUUAACGAACGCACGACCGACCGACCGACCGCAUCGUUGCCGCGAUAAAGAGAAGGAGAGAGAGUGAGAAAAAGACUCCCUUCGCGGACCGACCUGCGGAUCAUGCCCUUAACGAACCCGCUCGCGCCGCACGUUGUCGUCGCAUAGUUCCACGCUGCGAAUCCGAUAUGUGAGAGAACCGCCGCCUGGUGGAUGUCGUCGCCAUGGUGGAGCAACUGGUGUGCAGCAACUCGCUGAGCCCGGGAACGUAGCGCCCACGUAAGCCCUGGUUCGCAUAUAAACGUGCUCCUUCCAGUUGAGGAAUUAAUUGCGGAAGACGACGAGAAGAGGUAUUUCCGGCUCGAGAGCCGUUGGCGAUAAAUGACGUGCCUUUACGGCCUUAAGAUUACGAAGAUUGAAAUCGGGCCUAAAGAUCGAAAUCAACGACGAACUUGAUGCAACUUGCAAGCUUAACGAGCGAUAUAUUUCAUUGUGAAACAUUCGCGCAGCGUGAUGAAGAGAGAGGUGAUAUAUCUGACGCAUGAAGAAUCUAGCUUGAAAGGGAUAAAGUUGAUGUGCCACGUGUUAAUGUGACUUGAAAGGAUAUGACGAGUCUAAUCUGAGGAAGAUCGAAGCUAAUAAUCAAUGUGCUAUGCUUCGGUGUAAUUCAGUAGCCUCUUCCGUCACGUAGCCGUCAUGUGAGGAUCAUCGGCAUCGGGAGGAAAAGAGAAGAAGCCUCACCCCGCGUGACACCAGCGAGUGUCGAGUAAUGCUGAAGCACAUCUUGACGGGGCAGCCGUCGUCAACGGGCUCCAGGCAUCAUCAUAAUGAUUAUCAAACGAGCUCGGGCUCGUUGCACGGCGGGCACCAUCAUCACCACUUGCACAAUAACUCGCUGCACCAGGAGCAGCAGCAGCAACAGUCGCAGUCGCAACAGCAUCACCACUAUCAUCAUUACACCGGAGGCACCGGGACGACUCGCGGCAUCUCCGGACAUCGUAAUAACGGCGGAAUCGACGUGUACGACUCCGUGGCGCAGAGAUCGACGACGUCGAAUGCGCAUCAAUCGGCGACGACGCCCUCGUCGACCCACCGGCAUCCCUUGAAUCACUCCCAGCUGAGCGUCAACAAUCUGUCGCAACGCUUGAACCAUUCGCACGCGCUCAAUGUGUCGACGCUGUCGACCUCCAAGCACUCGGUCAACAGCGUCAGUCCAGUAGCCGGUGUUAAUGGUAACGGCGUCAGUAAUAAUAAUAAUAAUAAUAAUAAUAAUAAUAAUAAUAAUAAUAAUAAUAAUAAUAACAACAACAACAACAAUAACAACAACAACAACAACGUCUCGGUCGCGAGUCAGCUUGGCCAUACCGUGAUCUCGCAGACGAGCGUAUUGCAUCAAGAUCGACCGAAGGCGAAUGGCGGUCUCGACAUCUCCAGGCUGUCGCGGUUGCCGAGCCAAACCACGCCGUCACCCGCACCUGCCGCACCUGCGCUUCCUGUCGUGGCCGGCCAGGUAACCGGUGGGCCGACGGUGAUACCCCUCAAUGCCUCCUGGUCCUCGUCCCUGUCCAGGAAUCUCCAUCGAAACGACGAAGGUGUGAAAGAGAUGUUGACGAGCCUCGGACUAUUGUGCCUAGUGUCUCUACUUCUGGCCCUGCUCUCGGUUAUCUUCCUGCUGAAGAUCUCACCGCUCACGGUCACGUCCAACAGUCUCAUCAGCCCGGAGGAAUUCGUCAUCGUUUACGAGGUCACCCUAGCGCUGUGCGCUCUCGCCUUGUCGCUCAACUUGUGCUGCCUGCUGGUCUGCGCCAUACAAUUCCUCUUCACGGUGAAACUCGUCAAGACCUCGUACCAGGGACACCGGAGUAACAAGUACCUGCAAAAAUCGUCCGUCAGCCGCGUGUGCGCCGUCGGAGGUUUUUUCAUUAGCAUUCCGGUCUUCUUAACCGGCAUGAUUCUGUACACAUUCAUCCAAUUUCACUCGACACCGGCGAUCGUCACGUCGGUCUUCAUCGGCCUCGGCAUCGUGUUUUGCGGGUGCGCCAUGGUCCAUAACGUCUUCGUAUGGCAGAAAGAGAAGACGAACGCGGUGAAGGCGUUCGCUCGCGAACAGUGCGAGGCCGCGGCGCAGCUUCAGCGUCAACAGCAGCAGCAAACGCACUCGCAACACCAACAGCAGCAUCAACAUCAUCACCAGCAGCAGCACCAUCAUCAUCAACAUCAGCAGUCGCAGUUACGACCGACGCUGCACCCGGGCUCGAAGAUCGGCAGCGGCUCGAUAACGGUCCAUUCGACCGCCAGCCUGCUGGCCCAGUCGCCUCGCAGUCUCCAGCAUUCUUACCAGCAUCACCCUCAUCAGCACCAUCCUCACCAGCAGCGGCACGUGUCCUCCAUGUCGCCGCCUUUGUUACUAUCGUCCCCGCAUCCUGCGUCGCAGCUUAAUCACCUGACGCAUCGCGGUGCCGUCGCCGCCGCCGCCGCUGCCGCUGCCACGCCACCGACGACACCCGGCGACCGGUCGCCGCCGAGCCCCAGCGGCGGCGGAGGCAGCGGCAAACUCAACAGGUCGCAGCAUCUGCCGCGCGAGGCAAGCGGCAGCGUCAGCCCCGGCUUGCCAGCGGCCACGCUCGAUCUCAGCAGCGCCGCCACUACAAACAGUCCUCACGAACUGUCGACUCUCGUCUAGAGAUCUUGAUGGAACGUGAAAAUAAUUCCGAGAGAAAUUCAGGAAUCCAAUUUAUUCGAAGGAAGUGUUCUUUGUCCGAGCGAAGAGAUUAUCUUCUAAGCUCUACGAAUCGUUUGUAAAGAACGGAUUUUUAAAUUUGUUUGGAAAUAGACUUCACGUACUUUAGAUAGAUCUAGACUUAAAAAAUGUCGAAGAAGGGUAGAAAAAAUUUAUACGAGACUUUAUUAAUCUUAAUAUAUCAAUUAUAAAUGAAAGAUUUUUGCCUAAAUCAUGUAAUAUAAAUCUGUAUCUUUAGGAUCGAACAGAUAAACUCUGUGUGAAGCUAAAAUGUAAAAAAAGCUAAUUGUAAUUAAUGUAUAGAUAAAACUGAUGUUGUCUAGCAAGAAGGGAUCAAAAAUUGCCGACUAAGACUGCCAUUGUUUGUUUUAUUGUCGUAUCAUCAACGUUAUUGUCAAUUAAUAUUUAUUCUAUUACAAGAACAUAUAUAUUCCUGACUUGGUCCAUUGAAUUGUCAGAUCAGCUUGAUGAUGAUAAAUCCUCGCAAACUUUUUGCCCACCGAGUAUAUAAUAUCCACGAACCCUUGACCAGCAAUCGCCGGGAAAAUACCGCCCAGAGUCUUGUUGCCGGCAAUUUAUUUUUGGGGUUCGUGCGUUUGGCAGACUUAGUCCCGAGCUUAAACGUAACUAUACAUAACACUGUAAGUGGCGUGAGUGCAGAGAUUAAGGGACUGAGAAAGGGAAGAGUUUUGCGCCCUUUGUAACGCGUGCAACACGAAAUGCCGAAAGCAAAAAUGCCAGUUGACUGAAUUCUCCCGUAUAACUUUGUUGACCAUCAGUAAAAGCAUGAAAUACAAGGUUGAUAUUGUCAGUUUAACUAAUUUCUUCAAUCCAAAAGAUCGCAAAACAUUUUUGCUUCUUUUUCAUUGAGUUUACAUUAAUUAAUAUUACUGAUGUAAUUUUUAUUUUUAAUUGCCAAAAUUUGGUUGAAUAUCUUAUUGUAGCAAGUAAUUAUGUAAGAAUUUUCAAAAUUACCUUUUCAUUUCGUAGCUUUUACAAAAUUGGAAAUUGAAAAAUACUUCCUUAAUGAGCCUAAUGAAAUAUUUGAGAGAAUUUCUUUAGAAUUUAUUGAGCAAGAUUUCAUCAAUCGUGUCUUCGUCCAUAUUGUUCCGACAAUUACCAAUGGCUUUGGAACUUAUACUCUCAAAGCCACCGUCCUCAUAGUCCAGGUCGUUAUACCAGUAUUACUCUCAUAUAAAUUUUUUUAUUUCUUCCCACCGGUACAUAGUUCUCACAUAGUCAGAAUGUCCAAACUGUCUUAAUCCUGCUAGUAUUGUAACUAACGUGAUUUAAUGACUUGCCGAUAGAGUUAGUUCCUGUUGACCUUGACGAGCUAUACAUUUUUUUGCAUACCACUACAAUAUUCUUGAGCAGGUUUCGCUUGCUCAACUAUUUGUCAAUGUGUUUGGAGGAACCGUAUACAUACAUAUACAUUAUAUAUAUGUAUACAUGAUAUUCUCAGAGAAAUUCCACACUACGUUCAUGUAACGCGAGGAUCCUUUCGCCGAACGAAACUUGCCGAUUUAUGCUUUCUUUACGGGUCGUAUAUCCCGCUAUCAGCAGCGAGAGCAGCAACAGGUUCCUGUAACCUGUUGCGCAACGUUGAUGAAAAAAUUCCUUAUACCAAAUGCACGUUGCAUUUGUGCGUCGUAAGUAUUUUCUGGUUACCUGAUAUCAUUCUUGCAAUAUAUAUCAGGUAACCAGAAUGAAAUUCCUGCGGUUUCCGAUAUUGAAAAUAUAAUGUUUUAAUAAAAUUUCAACAAACGAAAUAUUUCAUUUAUUGAAAUAUAUACUUUUAUAAACAAAAAGUCUUUUUAGUAUAAUUCAAAUUUAUAUUGUAAAUAUGCACAUGUAUAUUCAUGCACGUUGCGCAAUGUUGACGAAAAAUCCUUUCUACCGAAUAUAUGUUGCAUUUGCCUAUUUUAUGAUAUUAUUCUGAUAAUAUAUAUCAAGAAAAACCAGAAUGAAAUUCUUGUGGUUUAUCAUAUCGAGAAUAUAAAGAUCUAGUAAAAUUUUGAUAAGUAGAUUUCAUUCCUUGGAAUAUAUGUACCUUUACAAACAAGAAUUCUUUUUGGCACGAUUCAAAUUUAUAAGAUAAAUAUACAUAUGCAUAUAUACACAUGUAGGCAAAAGUAUACUGGUUUUAUAUUCGUUUGUCUAUAUUGUUUGUUAAGAUAUUUUAGAAUUAAUAAAAAACGCAAUAAGAGCAUUAAAGAUUGUUAAAAAAUUGUUGCCACACGAUGUAUAUCAAUGUCAAUUAAUGCUUUGAAACAAAACGGAACGUUUUGAUAUAUGUCAUUAAAACAUUAUUUCUAAUUUCAACGCCUUUUGGCAAGAUAAUUUCUUCCCUUUUUUAAAUGGAAGAAGUUAUCUUGCCAAACAGCAUUGAAGUUAGGAAUACAUCAAAAUGAAAAAUAUUAAUCAAAUCCAUUCAUAUUUCAGUCGAGUAGGUUCUUCCUUAAAAAAGGAAUAUUUUAUAAAUAUUAUUUAUAUUUUAUAAAUAUUAUAUCGUUUAGUUACGAGUCCAGAAAUUACAUAGGUAUAAAAUAUGUGAUAAUUUCAAUGAAAGUUAUUCUAGUGACUUUAAUAAGAUAAGUAAAAAAAUAAAUAAAAAUAAAUAUGGACGUAGCAUUAUCUGGUAUUGAAUCUAUAAAAAAAAUUUUGAAACAAGAUCUAUGUUAAGAUAAUUUGGUAGUACAAUGACAUCAUUACAUCGGCUA